AGAUUUGCGUUUUAACUCGAUUUAAUAUAAAAAGUAAGUUUAAACCCAAAAAAAAAAAUGAUGCACUAUCGGAAAGGAGAAAAUAUCGAGCAAGAAUUGACUAAAGAUGAUUUGCCAUUCGAUGAUUGUUUGCCCAAGUUACCACAGAAGGAGUUUCUCUGGAUGCAUGUAAGAGGUGGCACAAAGGUACACAAUGUUAUCAGCUAUGCAAAGAAUGCUUUGGACAAGGGCGAAUAUCGUACAGUUGUCUGGAGUGGCUCCGGAGGCGGUGUAGUGAAGACAGUGUCCUGCGCUGAAAUAUUAAAGCGGAGCUAUCCUCUACAUCAAUUGACGCGUAUGGCUCAAAUAACCAUCGAAGAGCAUUGGGUGCCACAGACGGAUGGUUUGGAUCCGAUUGUAGCCAAACGUAAAGUUCCUAGCUUACACAUACUAAUGACGCUGGAUCCAAUUGAUGACUCUAUUGUGGACGUGCAGAAACCCAACACUACCACAGAGUACUGGAGGGGCUGGAGUGGUAGUGCACAGCAGCAGCAGCAGCAAAAACAAUCACAUUAUGCAGGACCAAGCGGUGAAGGUCGCACGCAACAACAACAACAACAACGUCACCAGAGACAAAAACAGUCACGUCAAGGAAAAGCCCAGAAUCAAGAAGCACGGCAGGAAUCGGAAGAAGUUGGAAAAAGUGGAGGAGAGCUGCGUGAACGCUCCCAAAGACCACAAAAUUCAAAUAGAAAUCGUGGUGAGCAACGCAGAGCGCGUAACGAAAAUAAUGUUGGUCAACAUCAGCCACGGCAAUUUCAAGAAUCGCCACAGCAAUCGCAGCAGCAGCAACCUCAGGGUGAUGGAGGGCAGCAAAGGGAGCAACAAUCGCAGCGACAUCGCCGGCCAAAACCGAAGCAGAGGACACAACAACAACAGCAGAAACAAAAUCAAUCGCAACAAGCCAUGCAAGUAGAGACGGCAUCAGCAUCGGCAUCAGACCCAGCGUCUGCGUCAGCGUCAUCAACACCAUCGACCACAAACACCUCAUCUACGGCUUUAGAGCCAAUGGAACCUUAAAUGGAAAGGAGUUUACCUUUUUUUUUUAAUUGCUAUUGAAGGCAUAUUUUUCUUUACAAACAUACAUAAGUAUGUACGUAAUAUGGAUACAUAAAUACUUGUUAAAAAACAAGUCCAAAAUACAGAUAUUUCAAAUUUU